AUGGCCACACCCCCAUCCUCUAAUUCUUUUGUUCUUCAUUGGCUCCCUGCCUGCUAUUCCCUUGCCAUGGCAGCGUCUGCUGUUUCAUCAACAACACAUAACCGAUUCUGCUUCUCAUUUCUUUUGCUCAUUUUGUCUCUUCUCCUUGGGCUGAACUACUCAGCUCAGCUCUCGGAAGAUUUCUACUCUAAAACAUGCCCAAACGCACUCUCCAUUAUCAAAACCGCUGUCGCCAAUGCCGUGGAGUUGGAGGCUCGGAUGGGCGCAUCUUUGCUCUGUCUUCACUUUCAUGAUUGUUUUGUUAAUGGGUGUGACGCAUCCAUCUUAUUGGACGACACGGCGAAUUUCACUGGAGAACAAUCUGCUGGUCCAAAUUUGUCAAUUAGAGGACUCGAUGUAAUAGAUAAUAUUAAAAUUGAACUCGAGAAAUCUUGUCCUAAUAUUGUGUCUUGUGCCGACAUCGUUGUUGUUUCUGCUAGAGACUCAGUUUUUGCGCUUGAUGGCCCUAGCUGGACUGUUUUAUUAGGUAGAAGAGAUUCAACCACUGCAAGUCUAAGUGCUGCCAUUAGUAACCUUCCUGGAGCAGGUUUCAGUUUAAGUGAACUCAUUUCUUUAUUCUCCAACAAAGGUUUUAGCGCCAGGGAAAUGGUUGCUCUUUCAGCAUCUUUACAAGAAAAUUGUCCCCAAAGUGGUGGUGAUAGCAAUCUCGCUCCACUCGAUACCGUCACUUCGAUCUUAUUUGAUAAUGUUUAUUUCAAGAAUUUGCAAAUUCAAAGGGAUUAUUACACUCUGAUCAGGAAUUGUUUAACGGUGGAUCUACAGACUCCAUAG